AUAGGACAUAAUAAUCCCUAUUUAUCUAUUGAUAUAAACGAUCAAGAUCUCUGUGCUUCUAUAAAAGAAUUGAGAUGACAUCUCGUCGCUCUAAACAAGUGUUGGUUUCCUGAAAGUUCUAAGAGUUUUAUUUAAAGUCUUAUACAAUGGCAGCCGAAGUUAAAACGCAAUUGUCGAUGAUAGAUCCGUCGCAGCUUCUACGCCCGGAGCCAACCUUCAACGACAAACCAAUAGACGCCUUCCGCGACUACUCCGUCGACGAAAACGAUCCCAUCAAAGAACGAGUCCGCAAGACCUAUUAUGACAUGCACACUUAUGUUACUGUGGAACUCGUUAAGGAAAAACGUGAGAAGUGGCUCAAGUUCAACCACUUCAAGUCAACGGUGAAGGACGCUCUCAUCAAACUGAACGAGCUUGUGGAUGAAUCAGAUCCCGAUACAGACUUGCCGAAUAUCGUACACGCGUUCCAGACUGCGGAGAGGAUCCGAAGCGAUCAUCCUGAUGAUGACUGGUUCCAGUUGACGGGACUUAUUCAUGACUUAGGAAAGGUCAUGGCGUUUUACGACGAGCCGCAGUGGUGUGUUGUGGGAGACACUUUCCCCGUGGGUUGUAAAUGGGCUGAUUCCAUCGUGUACGGACCUGAAAGCUUCAAGAAUAAUCCGGACACUUACAAUCCUAAAUACAACACAAAAUAUGGCAUGUAUAAACCGAACUGUGGUUUGGAUAACCUGCUGAUAUCUUGGAGCCAUGAUGAGUACCUUUAUCAGUUCCUUAAACACAACAAGUCCACUUUGCCUGAAAAGGCGCUCUACAUGAUCAGAUACCAUUCUCUGUACCCCUGGCACGCUGGAGGAGAUUACCGUCAUCUGACCAAUGAGAAGGACGAAGACAUUUUAAAAUGGGUGCUUGAAUUCAACAAAUAUGACCUGUACACUAAAAGUGAGAAUGUACCCGAUAUUGAAGCUCUGUGGCCGUAUUACGAGAAGCUCAUUGAGAAAUAUAUUCCCGGAGUCUGUGAAUGGUAAAACUAACCAUUGAGCUUCUACAAAAUACAAACUUGGAACAUUAUUUAUAUAUCGUUAUAAACUUUGAUAAUUUAAUCAGCGUAUAAUCCAUGUAACUUAAAUAUUUAUUAUUAUAUUAUUAUAUUCAAACUGGAUACAAAAAUAAGAGUGAUGUCUACUGUGUAUUCUUGUUUACUAUUCCAUGAAUAAAAUUGUUAACUUUUA